CAGAGUCUCAUUACAGGAAUGGUACACCGUUUUCGAUCACUACCGUCGCACAAACUGCGUAGUGUCAGACCUCAUUAUGGGAAAUGAGUACUUUUUUCGAAUCUUUAGUGAAAAUCUGUGUGGAUUGAGUGAAACUGCUGCAACCACAAAAAAUCCUGCCUAUAUCCAAAAAACAGGCACCACUUACAAGCCGCCUAGUUACAAAGAACAUGACUUCUCCGAACCUCCUAAAUUCACUCACCCUCUAGUAAACCGUUCUGUGAUUGCAGGAUACAACACCACCCUCAGCUGUGCCGUAAGAGGAAUCCCCAAGCCAAAGAUAUUCUGGUACAAAAACAAAAUGGAUCUCUCCGGGGAUGCCAAAUACCGCAUGUUCAGCAAACAGGGAGUGUUGACCCUUGAGAUCCGGAAACCUACUCCCUUUGACGGUGGCUGUUACACCUGUAAAGCUGUUAAUGAGUGUGGUGAAGCUGAAAUAGAGUGCAGACUGGACGUCAGAGCACCUCAGUAAAACCCCGAGCCUCAAUUC